UAAAUGUGAAUGCAUUUGGUUAAUACUUACAGCUAUCCCCACCGACCGAGGGAUUUCCUUCGCUUAAAUUUGCAGUGCCUUAACAUUUUCUUCACUAUCUCUUCUAAUUGAAUAGGAAUUUCAAACUGAAAUCUCUCAUUAUGAGUUCCGUCAUCUCUUCUCACUCAUCAUCGAUGCGUCUCAGUUUGGAGGACAAUGGUGUUUACGUGUAUGAGAGACGAACUGGAGUGCCCUUCCCUUCUGCUCUAGGCCCUUCUCUCAAACUCUGUGGAGUUGGUUUGCGUAAAAAAAGCCUUAUACCAUUCAUAAGCUUUGAUGUCUAUGCUUUUGGUGUUUAUGCUGCUGAUUUGGACAUAAAGGAAUAUCUUUCUGAGAAAUAUAGGAAGUUUUCUGCUUCUAAAUUACAGGGCAAGAAGGAGUUUACUGAUGAUCUUAUGGAAAGUGACAUAUUCAUGGCAGUUAGACUUCAAAUUGCCCACAACGAAUUGAGCAUUGGUUUCUUGCGCGGUGUAUUCAAAGAGUCUGUGGGAAGCAGACUGUACAAGUUUGGGGGAUCGGACUAUAAAGAAUUGCUUCAAAGGUUCACUUCACAAUUUAAAGAUGAAUACAAAAUACCUAAAGGAUCUGUAAUUCAUCUCUUAAGAGAGAAGGGUCAAUUUCUUCGCACAUUGAUUAAUGGACAAGAAGUGGGAAGCAUCCAUAGCAAACUCCUGUGUAAGUCAAUUCUAGAUUUAUAUGUUGGGGAGGAACCAUUUGAUGAACCGGCCAAAGAAGAAAUUGAGAACAACGUAGCUACCUACCUCUAGAUGUUGAAUGUUAAAAUAAAAAUUCUUUUAAGAUAUAGACUCUAUCCUUUUGGUUGAUGCAUGUUUCAAAACUUCAAGUUUGCAAUAUGUAUUUAUAUCUCUAAAUGUUGAACAUUAAAAUAAAAAUCUUAUAUAGACUCUAUAUCCUAUGUUGAUGCAUACUUUAAUUGAACUUCAAGAUCGCAAUAU